GGCAUCUUCCGUGGUUGCUGGGAGAGGAUGCCGUGUUUUUGUAAAGAACUUUUUUGAAACUACAUCGGACACAACAAUCGUCCCGAGGCAACAAGAUGGCCACCUCGGAGCCAAAAUCCGACCGCCACAACAGCCGACGCGGGUCGCGCAACCGCGCGGCUGCGGCGGCGAUUGCCGUUAGGGUGGCCAACGUGCUGGCGGAAGCGCCACCAACGCACCUACUGCGGGAUCUGCAAGAAACGCUUAGGAAGUACGACAGCAAUACCCUGCGGCUCUGGCGGAAUAUCUUCGACCCAACACUGCACUUGAAAGUAUAUUGCAACACUGAAGAUGUGCUGACUGCUGUCAAGUUCAAAAACAUGAUCGAUGAGUAAAAGUAGAUCAUCGCUCGUCAGCCAAAUGUAAAAAGCACAGCGGAUUAAUAUUUUCAGGACCGAAAUCGAAAUGAGAAGGAACUGCGACUGCCCAGCUGCACUUCCUGCUGAUCCGAAAACUAAAGUACUUUACUAUCAGGUUAGUUUCCGCGACUUUUGCAACCAGUCCCGAAAGAUCAAAUACGACCGGGAUUGCGUGGAGCUUUUCGUCGAGGGAAAGAUCAACUACAUGCGCGAUUUAGACGCUUUCCACGACCACCGGAAGGCAGAAGAGGCGCGCGCGAACUCCAUCCUCGGGCAACGGCGAGGUGCGCUGGACGACGUGGAUGCGGCGAGCGCGGUGGUGGAGAGCAUCACCAAUGGGACGAGCACCCCGUCCGCGCCCACGGUCCGCACCGGGUCGAGCAGCGCCAGCGGGUCUAGGAGUUCCAGCGCGAGCAAGACUCGCGGAACAGCAGUGGCGGUAGGUGGUGAUCCAAGGUCAACCACCAGAAUAUCUUUCUCCGAUGAGGUGAAACUUGUCGGAGAGGAUGUUUACCCGCCGGUCGGAGUUGGCGGACAGAACGAGGAGAAUUAUCUUCAUGGUACAACUACCGGCGGCGAAAACAUACACAGCAGCAAGCGGACUUCUUCAACAGGCGGCGCGACAGCGAGUGAACAGACUGGUGGAGACGAGCAGCAGCAGCACAUAGGCGUAGCCGUGGCGACGAGAACUGCAUCGAGUCAUUCUAAAUUGGCCAGGACGGCGGAGGAUCUGAACAGUCAGUACAAAAAGCUGCUAACUAGUAGUAAAGGUGGACACCACGGAGCAGCGGAGUUAGACCCCACAUUGUCCAACACGGAUAUGUUUCACGCCGAUGCAAAACCCAGCAAUACCAUCCUGUAUUUCAAAUACGUCGAUGCGGAGUCGUACAAUUUGUUUCACACUUUUCGGGAGUGGCUGAACAGGGAGUUCACCACGUUCUUCCAGUUCUUCCACCAACUCAUCGCGCAGAAAAAACGGUUCCGGGACCAGAUGAUGCCGCAGAUACAGGAACUGGGUGUGGCGACAAAUCUCCCGGUGUAUCUGUUGCGAUUCGGGAAGUACCAAAUCGAUGUUGUUGAUGCACCAGGAGGAGGACCACCACGACCACCUGCUCCGCCGACAAGUAGUUCUUUAGCGGAUCAGGCUGUUGGAAAGGAAAAUAAAGGGCAGUUAGCAGUAGAAGCCGGCACGGCCGCCACGUCGAUGCAGCAGCAAGGUUCAAUAUCGGGACCACAAGUUGCAGUUCGAAACACCGGCGCGAGUACUGCAUCUGUUUCUGGAAUACAACUUAGAAAUUCCUCCGCAUCUUCGAUUCAGCAAACAGGAUCUUCAAUAUUGAAUGCCAAAAAUCUUCCGGCACAGCACACCAGUAAUCUCCAGAUAUUAAAGCCCGCACCGAGAAGCCCCAGGGCGGAAGUAACGUGGGACAUGAAGUUCCGCACUUCCACCGAGCAGCUGAGUCCUGCAACCAGAAGAAGGAUGACUCGGGCGAUGACCACCAGCGACCACCAAAUGCAGCAGCUACAAUUGGCGACCAUGCACGGCGGUGGGGGUCACGGACACAACCACAAACGAAACUCUUCGAAACGUAACAGCAGAGACACGAUUACAUCCUCCGUGGAUGUGGACGCAACGGAGGAAAUAAACCACGCGGAUACAGUAUGCAGCACGAAAGUAGCGCACUGAUUUAGAAGUACGAGUACUAAGACUAACCUGCUGCAGUAUAAUUGCAUGACAGAUAGGCUUUCUUUUCUGAGUGAUCCUCUGCACGACAAAUGAUUCCAUUCGAAAAGAUUUGUCAUGCGCUUGGUACUAGAAGUUGAAGUGCCCUACUUUUGUAUAUGCAUAGUUAACCACAGAAAGCAAGUCCAAGUCACGCUUGCACGAUCCGAGGGAGACCGGCGCUGACUACGAGGACACAACUAACGAACUCGCAGCUGCGAUAAAACAAAGAUACACAACGGAUGCGCACGGAAACAUCAUAUCAACAACUGUGAAGGUGGAACCAACGCUACUAGUCCACCCCUCCAUAGGUAAUAAAUCUGCUUCAGCCUCUUCCUCUGCCGGAGCGUCUGCUGCAGAGAGUUCUUUUCAAGAAGAUGAGUCGUUGUCUUUACCCGAGCCGAAGCUGUCGGAUUUAGUAACAGAACGGAAAGACAACUACGGGAUUUUCGGCGACGUGGUUGGACCGUACUCGUUUUUUUCUGUCGAGGAGAUCCGGGCGUUUGAGUUUUUAGACAUGCGAAGCGGCGUAAUAUGAGAGUGCAAAUCUGUGUCUGUCUCCCCCGCUUCCUCAUUUUUUUUCAUGCAAAAUCCUAAACCCUCUUUCCCAUGCAAAUGAGGGGACGGGGGAGCAGCAGUUGUGUACUCUCAUACGGCGGAGAUGAGGUAGAUCCCGGACCCGGUCGCGGUGGGGAACAAUUGACUACCAGGGGGAGAAAUGAGUCCUCUUCCUCUGGCUCUCCUGAGCAGCACCAGCACUCUUUCGACGAAGACAUUAUGUCCCAAUUCGUCCCGAUGCCGAUGAUUUCGCACUUGUCGAACAUGGACUACAUUACGGAAACGGAAUUCCCGGCAUUGGUCCUGGCGCUCGGGUACGGGAAGGAGGAUUGCGUAGUCAAACCUCCCUCCGAGAAGUUCAACCAGUUGUGCUGGAUCUACCAGAUUCUGGACAGCAACCGCAAGGGCUUUGUCACCAUUGAGGAAAUGCAGCCGCUGGAAUUGCAGUACUACGACCGGGCGAUCCCGUUCCAGGGCGGGGUAGGGAACACCGCAGGAGGUGGUGGAUCCGCAGCAAAGGAUCACCACGAGGAGCACAGCAAGAAAAAAGCCGGGGGGCCUCCGUCGGGGGGGCAGAACCAGGCGGACGCGGAGCGGAGGGGAAGGGUGCUGCGGCUCGUGGAGCAGCGGGCGAGAACGAGAAAGGCAGAAAGGGCGUUUUACUGGCACUUGCAGAGGCUCUGUCGGCAGAGGUAGUUGUACUACUAGGUUUCACAUACAGUGAUACGAACAGAUUAUCCUUUAGAAGAUGGAGAUCUUGCUCAUGCUCAUUGGUGUCUAGGUCUAUUCUGACUCUAUCGUCACGUGUGACGCUGACCUUUGUAUGCCGUGUACUUAAUUUUCAUGGAAGAUGAAACCAAAAAUCGCUAUCACCUCCAGGUGGCCGCUGAUCAAAGGGUGGCGUUUAUUCUUGGCAAAGGACGGGAAAUACGAAGUGACAAAGCAGUCCCUUGGAAAAUUCCUUCGGUCGAUUGACUUCAAAUCGGCCGUGAACACCCUUUGGGAGGCGCUAGAUUCGGACGAGUCGGGCAUCCUGGACAUGCAGGAGUACGAUCUGAAAGCUGCGAUUGUUCUAGCGGAGUUCAGACUUUGGUGCUGGCAGGUCUACGGGAGCUGCGCGACGUUCUUUAAAAUCAUGCGCCGGGCGGUGUUCGAGGAGCAGAAUUUGGGCCAGUCGCCGGAAGUGAGAAAAAUGGACCGGGCGUACAGUAUGGUGUUGAGCGACAAGAAGAAGGCCAACGGGGGGCCGGGAGGAUCGAACGGUGGGGGAUCCCCAACCUUGAAUUCGCCCAGUAGCUCGACAGGCAUCGACUCGCCCAACGGAAGCAAAAUAUUUCGGUACAAUAACUUACAGAUACUUUAAAAAUGUUACUUGUUCUUCUACUUCCAAAAACAAAUGCAAAAUGAAUAUGAAAAUUGAUCAAAUUAUUCUUACUCCGGCUGAUCACGUUCACGCUCGCAAGAACUCUCUGAGCUGAGAAAAACAAACACAAACACAAACACAACUUCUACCAGAUUUUUUAUAGUUCUCAAACUCGAGAAAAUAAACAAGGGAAAGGCCAACCCUACUACAGGGCCAGCCCCACUGCCGGCAAACUGCUCCGCUACGCGAUGACCCGCGGCGCCACGCAGAUUCUGGACGACGUGCCGUUGAAGAAGGGGCCGCCGGAAACGACCGUGGAAUUCGUGAGACAGCAAUCUCGGCGGUUGAGCAUCAUGGAGUUGUCGCGACAGGACUCCGCCUUCACGCGAACAGGGACAACGAGCAUGGCGAUCGCCGGCGCCGCGGGCAGCAGCAGUUCGGAGGAACCCGGAGGGGCGGCGCGGCCUGCUCCAACGAGUAGAAAUCCGCUCUCCGCGGACGAAGGGGGAUCCGGACCCGACUCUUCAGGCGGGGAGGACGGCGGUGCACGAUCAUCUUCUCCUACCGGUAAAAAAGUAGAGCACGAUGGGAGCACUAAUGUUAACAUCAAAUCGCCCCUCGAAAACACCCCACCGUCCCGAUCAGUCGCGCACGUUGGGGGGGUUUCGCACGCGCGGUUCGGCUCCCCCGACUCACACGAGUUUACGCGGGAGAUGUCGGAGUUAGAACUGCCGAGUUCCCCGGCGCUCGACGCGGAAGAAGCGAAGCUGCGGGAUGAAGCCGUGAAGAAGCAAACCGAGGGCACGGGCUACGAUUUAAUCGCGGGAAGACACGUGAUCUCGUUCUUCGUUACCCGGAUUCCCAGUCGACACGCGUAUUUGAUUUUUGUAAUGACAGAUAUACUGUGAUUAGGAUGAGAACUUGAAUGUGAAUGAAAUUUGACGACUGUAUCAGCCGCACGCACAGGCACUCUGUGCGUGGCGCACGCGUUGUUGGAUUUUUUCGAAGUGAAAAUUAGAAUUAAGAUUCGCUUUCGACGUUUAUGCCGAUGCUUGAUUCUUAGUCAAUACCCUCACCCUGCAAUCGCAAGCUGUUGCAGAAAGUUGUCAUGUUCUGUUCCAUUUGAAGUUCAUUAAUGUUGAACUUGAAGUUCCCUAGACCGAAUGAUUAUUUGAAGGUAUCAUGUUGUGCUGCAAGAACAAGUCGCAGCCUCAAAAAACCGUAAACAAAUCUAUCAGUUUCUCCCCGAAGUUUUUGAAAUACCUCGUACGGUCGCUCUCCCUGGCGGAAGGCCCGUCCCACGGUGUUUCCAAACGGGAUUUCGAUUGGCUGGACGCGUGGGAACCCCCGCGCUACCUCACCGCACGAGGGUCGUUGCGUGCCUGGACGUACAUAAAGGACUUGAUUCUGGAAGACCCGGAGAACCGGUGCGGCGGCUCCUUCGUCCUCUACUGGUUGCGGUUUUACGACGCGAAGGGAUCCAACCGCGUGAACUGGGACACGUUUCACCGCGAGUCCACCACGGUGCUGUCCUGGGCGCAAAAAUUCUCGGAGGACGACAUCGAACGGGUUAUCUCCUCCGCUUGGGUUUACCUAGACGAGUCCCGCGACGGGGCCAUUUGCAUGGAGGAGGUGGAUCCCAUCACGUCGGGGGUCUUCAUGAAGUUCCGCUCGUGGUGCAAGCGCAACUUUGGGUCGGUGCACGAGACGUUUGCGCAACUCGACGUGCACCAGGAGGGCGAAAUUUCCUUCACCAUCUUCCGCACGGCGUGCAAGCGGUGGCACGGCUUCUCCGGUGCGGACUUGACGCAGCUGAUCAACGCGAUAUCGAUCCCGAACAGGAGUUAUCAAAUGCAAAAAUGUCUGGGUCAGGAAGAAUACAAACUUGUGAUGCGCAUUUCAGAACACAGAAAGAUCUCUCAUGCAUGGGUAGCAAAAGCUGCCCGCUUUCUGCCACCAAAGUGGGGGAUUUGUCAUGCGGAUUCGGCAUUGCGGAAGCUUCUCGAAACCUGUAAUGCUAGAGCUUCCAUGCCAGACCUUCUGUGUCAUGCAAAAACAGCAUGACUCUUCCAGACCCAGACAUAAUUUUUACAUUUGAUAGGAGUCGGCCCAGCACGCCGGGCGGAAUAGGCAUCACCGCGAAUCGAAGGGGGGUCAGGUAUUGAUAGUGAUGAUUUACUCGAAACUUCUUAAUGAUUUCGCGGCAUAGGCAUUUCAUUUGAUUGCUUAGCAAUUCUAGUAGACAAGAAUGUUGCUCUGUGCACCAGCCUCGCAGGAGGUGAAAGUGAAGGAAUGUCGGCAACAAGCAACCGCUAGAUUUUUCGAAUUGAAUCAAAAUUCGAAACAAGGUAUCAGGACCUCGCUUUUCUUGACGCGUGGCCAGACGACGACGGGGAGAACCGACAUGAAGCGCUCAUGACCAACCCGGAGUAUUUCCGCGGCGCGCCGGCGCUGGGAAGCCCAAGGCGAAUGGACGCGCUGCAUUCGCCGCAGCAGCAGGAGCGGAUGAUUCAAUUGCAGUACUGCCGGAAUUUUGUGGAGGAAACCGAUUUGUGUCUUUCCGUCAUGACGGGCGAUCACAAAAACGACACGAGCCUCAUGCAGUCGUAUCGCCCACUGCAGGGUGGAAUGAGCUGUACUAUCGGUUUACUUACAUGUUUUUUCGAGCGACAACAUCGUAUUUUUUGUUCUCAGUUGGAACUGGAAGUCAUCGGCAUGCGAAGGAUGAAUGAUCGAAAUCUACUAAUCACAACAGCCCCUGAAGACAUCACCCUCGAGACCCUGCCCACGUCCCGCGGUCUUCAGCCCGGUGCGGUGUAUUCCCGAAAAGUGAAUCCCCCGCCGCACCCCGGAAACUCGUCCUUCUACCUGGACGUGCCGCCGCCGCAAGAGUGCCCGAUCGCCUGGGGCUCGUACUCCCUUCGGAAGGAGAUCGUGAGCAAGGACCUGUCCCGACCGCAAACCACCCCGGAACGACGGUUUUUGCGGUCCAGGAUGUACUCCGCCGGGUACCGGAACGACCGGGUGCUGGUGUCUGCGGGGCACGACAAGAUCCAGGGCGCGUCCUACGAGAAGUCGAGAUUUGACUACCCCGACGCCCGAUACAACAAAGUGCUCAACAGCAUGUCCUACCACCCGCCGGACAUAGCGCACAAAAUUAUGCAUCGCAAAUAUUUUCUUGGGGUGGGUGUCCGUGUCCUCUCAGGGUGCAUCUGGGGAAAGAUGCGAUGAGCUUUUGUUUAUGAGCCUCGCACGGCUGAGCGGCCUUCUACUUCUUUUGUACGCUGUUGGAGCAUGAUAAUGAUGACAAGUUGUUUAUUUUUCGAAGCUUCUUGCACGUUCAUUCGUAGAAAACCGCAUGACAAAUUGGCUUGCAGCACGCGGAUAAAGAAACUCACAGAUCGUGUUCAUGCAAUACAGAUCCUUGUCGUACUAGUACUAUCCAAAUCUCGCAUCUUCACAAAUCUGGACCCUGGGAAAUAUUUGCAAUGCACAAACAUCAAUGCGUGGUCGACCGGGUCCUCACAGUGGAUGUUUCCGAUUGGGAUGCAGCCCCUAUCCUGUGCAAAAGCAUACGAGUUCUUGCAGUUAUACAUGACAAGUCUCAACAUUCCUUUUAUGGGAAAAGCAGCACAAAAAGAUUCGUUGUCAUGCAAGAAUUUGCACUCGAUGUUUUCCUUUAUUUGCAAUGCAUAAACCCCGCAGAAAUACAAAUUCGAGCACGAAUCGAUGAACCGGGUGUUUGCCAACGUUCCCUACGACUACACCAAAGACUGGUGGCGGUUUUCGUCGGAGUACGUACCCAAAGGAGGCGUGAUGAAAACGAAAUACCUGAUGGACAGCCGAAGUCGGAACGGAGUAGUAGAGCAGGACAAGAAAAAGAUGAAACAGAGGCAAUUCUACCGGAAUCCGGAAAACUACAAGCGGGGCAUGGAAAAGUUUGACUUGAAUGAUGAGGCGAUCGACAGCAACUGGCUCGGGACAUGGGGGGAGAUCCACGGCCGGGAGAUUGUCGAUGUGGAACCGGUAUCUACUGCAAAUAUGUCUGGGUCUGGAAGAAUGCAAGUUUGUCAUGCUUGGCCGACAAGACAGAAAAGCCUGUCAUGUUUGGUGCGCUACAGUGCCGCUUGUUUGUCAUGCAAAAAGGCCAUUUGUCAUGCGGUUCACGCUACACGUAUCCUGUUGAUGAUGAUGAUGAUAUCCGCUCAGAAACUUGUCAUGCGCGGCCCCCUAGUGCAGGUUGCGUAUCAUUCGGACAUCAGCAUCACAACUUUCCAGACUCAGACAUAUUUGCAAUGCAUAACCAGGCUCGAGUCCCGACGAUGUCAAGUCCGCUUUCGACGUAAUUGUCACAGGCGGAACCACAUCGCAUGGUAGCAGUAGACCACCGCUCAACAUGACGAAGGGCGGAACUACCAGUAGUAAGCGGGAGAGGCGGGAAACGAGUCCGAGUGUCGUGGACGAUACUGAUCCACUACAUCUUGCUCCUGCUGGGAGUGGUAGCGCAGCUUCUGCCUCUGCGUCAUCUUCCCUUAUGAGAGUGCACAACUUGUGGUCCCCCGCCUUUCUCAUGCAAAUAUUAAAUGCCACAUCCACUUUCUGUCACUUGGCUUUGGCACUGUGCGCAUGACAAGUUUCGGGACAACCCAAAUAAACAGCACUACAAUCUUCUGUGGAUAAUUUGUGACGCAAAACGUGCAUAAUUCUUGCCGAUGCUUGUAUUGCUGUUCAUGCCCUACUACAAAUGAGGGUGAAGGGGAGUUGUGCACUGUCAUACCCCCCACGAAGCAGUAUCGACAAGCGCAGCCGUUGUUGGACACGCCGGUAGACGACGACUUGGUCGCGCCGACUUCAAUUUCCUCGCCGAAAUUGGACGGCAACAAAAAAAAGCCUGAAAAGCACGUGGAAAUACAAGUACCAAAAGGAGCUGCGUUGACAACAGACGAACGAGCAGAUGGGCAGCUGCAGAGCACAAAACAAAACUCAGCAUUAGCAGGUGCUGCAAGUAGUUCGUCCUCUACGCGUCCAAAGGACCCCUCAAUAGUAAAGCAGAAGAAAGCGCGGCGGCCCGAGUCCGCUCCGAAUUUAGCCUCCCCGGACAAGGAGGCCAGCAGCAUGCUGCAGACGGCCUCGCUGCUGCGGAGAAAAAAUAAAGACGGUCACAUUCUGCAGGAGGAAAUUGGACGCGGCACGACUGGCGCGGGGUCGUCCUCCUCGUCCUCGAGUUGUAAUAGAGGAACCCAGUGGAUGAGCAGAACCUCAGACGACGUUGGAAAUGGAAUUGGAUCUGCUUCGGGAAGCAAGAGGAACGACGGGAGCAAAAAUAAUAAGACCACAGGACCAUCGUCCCCUUCGUCCUCGACGAGUCAAAAUUGGUACAAAUCAAACUACACCGUGACGAAAUCAAACGAAGCGGAUGUAAACAACAGAGUUGUCCAUAAGAAGAACAACAAUAGUCUUAGUCACAGCGAGCGGUGUUUAUCUCCUGAAGAUGUUGCGUCCACUUCUGAGGAGCGACACAAAUUACAAACCAGGCAGAGCAACCGCGGGAGUGGCUAUAAUCGCACAAGAAACAUCAAUCGCGGAGGAGGGGAUCUGCUGGACGAUUUGGUUUCCAAAGUCCGCACAGAAAACGACAGUAGCAAGAUAAAGUGCACGACCACCUUUUCCCACUACCACCAGCGGCCGAAGACCACCGGCCGGGCCGGCGGCGGGACCAGGAUGAACAAGCCCGGAUCGCCGCCCGGGGCGGGCUCCCUCUUGUUAGGACCGGCGGACUGGGCGGAUGUGUCGCUAGUGGAGUGCUUCCCUUUCGACACCACGAAGUUGUACCCCAAAAAAACGAAAACCACGAACAUUCGCAACACGAAGCACGAGCUGAGGAUGUACGCGGAAGAGUUCGCAAAAGAACCACGGGCCAGGAGGCCCACACCGGACAUGCUUCCAGAACUCUCGUUUUGUAGGUAGCGGUGGUUCUUGGGGGGAAUAUGAUGGCGUCGUGCAAGAAGAGCAAGACCUCGCUCCUGGUCGUCCUGUGAUUCGUUGUGCCGGGCGGGUUCUUCUACACUAGUGAAUUUUUUUUUUUUUCAAGAUUUUUUUCUGAGGCCGAGUCAGUUUCCUAAAGAAAUCGAAAUAGUAAAGAGAAAACGUAGAGUAGUUUCCUUGUUGCGUUGCGUUGUAUCUGGCACACAAAGUCAAGCGUUGGUACGAUCCCGCAAAGUAGAAACAAAUAGAGUCGUUUAUGUCGAGGAAUCAGUUGAUCGUUGACGAGGUUGAACUUGAAAAUCAAUCGUGAAUACGGUUUGUAGUGAAAAGUUCUGUUGUAGUACUUGCUGUCUAGCUACAAGAUUACGUUGGCACAGCAUAAUAAUUCCUGGUAUAUCCUCCAAAACCUAAACCUAAAUCUAACUUUAAGCAACUGCAACAACAUAUAUAAGUAUCAUAUCAAUGUAAACGCAACUACCAGAUGCAGAUGAGGAGCUUGAUUUUUUAUGCUUGUACGAUCUCGUUCUCGACUGGAACUUGAAGAGAAUGAGGCUCUUGAAGAUAUAAAUGGACUUGCUAUAAUCUCAAAUUUUCCUGUACAAUCGAUCGAUGCUGAAAGGAGGAGCUAAAAAUACUGUUGAAACUUGUAUGGAUGAAAAUCAAAAUGAAAGGAGAAAGUGCUCCGCAAGCGAAACGGGCUGAAGAAAAGCAGGGAACAAAAAUGACAAAAGGAGAAUGUGAUGCCGAU